UUUUGUAAUGCAUUAAAAUUUCUCUGAUUAGGCAGCAGCCAACAAGUCAUUAGAUAAUCUACUAAACAAUAACUUAUAUCCUAGAUGGAAGAAUCAAAAGACUUAGGGCAAGUCUGGGGAAAAAAGAAGCGUUGACUCCACUUUAUUCUCCAAAAACUAUAAAAUGAUCAUAGAGAUUCAUUGCAAGAGUAGAAUCAAAGGCAAAAGUGCAAAACUUAUUCUUCACGAACCAGUUAGCCCACUCAGAUCGAUAAGCAGAAGCUUCUCAUGUUGCCACAUGACUGGUCUGAAGCUUCUCACAUUGCCAGAAGAUCAGGACUUCAUUUUCCCACACAUUUUUCCAGCAUGGAAACUCAGGAGCAGAUGCCAAGUCCCCAGGAUGCCUUUUGUGUAUCUUCGCCAGGAGAUUAAGACUUCAUUUUCACUUGCAUCUUCAGGCACGAAAGUCAGGAGUAGAUGCCCAGUCCCGAGGAUGCUCUUUUUCGUAUCUUUUACACAUAUAUAUUUAAGAGGAGAAUCAUUAGGCAAAACCUAUUCUUGACAAACAAGUUAGCUUGAUUAGAUCAAUAAACAGAAGCUUCUCACAUUGCCACAAAUCAGUCAGAAGCUCCUGUCAUUGCCAGAAGAUCAGGACUUCAUUUCACAUGCAUCUUCCUGCAUGGAAACUCAGGGGUAGAUGGACUCAGUAGUUGGUACUUGAUACAAUCCCUGGGAUGGCCUUCUGUACAUUUUUAACUUAUACAUGUCCUUUGACAUAGAUUUUGUAAAGCAUAAGAUAACAGAAAAUUGUUCUGGGCAAUUCUUCAGCCUUGGACAAUGGUUUGAUCAUUAAUGCAAGCCCAUUCCUUUUCACAUUCAACUGAAUCCCCGAUAUCUGCAAACCUGUCAUUUCCAGGUACAUUCAAAUAACCAAUACCAUGAUUAAAACCCAUGCUAUUAUUAGUUUCUAUCCAGCUUGUACCAGGCAUUUUCUUAACUCCUCUGAAUUUCAUUAACCUCCUAAUCUUUAAAGCAUCAUUCCAUCGACCAACUGCUCUAUACACAUUUGCCAGAAGAACGUAACUCAAAUGGUAGUCAGGCUCCAAUAUCAUCAUUUUCUUUGCAAUGUGCUCAGCAGUAACAGAACUCGUACAGGUUGUGCAAGCACCGAGAAGAACUGCCCAAAGUGAUGAAUCAUUUCUAAAAUCAGUUUUCUCUAUCAAAUUCUCAGCUUCUUCUAGUAGCCCAGCACGGCCUAGAAGAUCAACCAUGCAAUUGUAAUGCUCAAUUCCAGCUUUAAUUUUGUAUUCUUCAGUCAUUGAGGUAAAAUAUUCUCGCCCUUGAUGGACCAAACCAGCGUGGCUACAAGCAAAAAGAACUCCAACAAAACUAAUAUAAUCAGGCUUAGUCCCCUCCUUAACCAUAUCACCGAAUAUCCUUAAAGCUUCUUCACCUCUUCCAUUUUGAGCAAACCCACAAAUCAUGGAGUUCCAAGUUAUCAAAUUCUUAACAGGCAUCUGCAUAAAAAUUCUGUGGGCAAAAUCAAUGCAACCACAUUUUGCAUAAAGAUCAACUAAAGCAGAUUCUACAAUGAUAUCUCUCCAGCUACCCUGCCUAAGAUACUGGCAAUGAACCUCUUUUCCUUGUCCAACAGCUGCCAAACCUGCACAGGCACGUAGAACAGUCCCAAAGCUGUAUAGAUCACCCUUAUCCAUUUUCCUGAAAAGCUUUAUAACAGAGGCAAAAUCACCAUUUUGACAGUAACCCCCCAGCAAUGCACACCAAGAAACUGAAUUUUUUUUCGGCAUUCUAUCGAAAACACAUUGAGCUUCAUAAACCAACCCACAUUUUCCAUACAUAUCUACAAGGCUGCUCUCAACAACCACAUUUCCACAAAUUCCUGUUACAAUGAUUUUUGCAUGCACUUCUUUACCUUGCUUCAGUCUCCCCAAGUUCCCGCAGGCUGUCAAGAUUGUCCCAAAUGUGAACCCAUCAGGGGACAAUCCAUAAGUUCUCUGCAUCAAAUAAAAGAAUCCCAAAGCUUCUGCAUACAAAUCGUUCCUCGUAUGCGCUGAAAUAACUGAUGUCCAACAUAUCACAUCUGGUUCAAGCAAUUCAUCAAACAAUCGGCGUGCAUCUUUCAAGCAACGAUUCCUCCCAUACAUAUCUAUUAAAGCACUAGAAAUAACACCAUUUGAAUCGAACCCACGCCUCAAAACUGCCCCAUGAAAGCACUGACCAAGCUUUACUUCUCCAAGCUGCGAGCAUGCUUUGAUCGAUGCAGACAGAGUGAAACCGUUUGGUUCAACCCCAAAAUCCAACAUUUCCCAGAACAGCUCCAGCGAGUCCCGAGGCUUUCCCAGUUGAACAUACCCCGAUACCAUCGAAGUCCAAGAAAUAACAUCCUUCACAAUAAGGCCAUCAAACACUCUCCGAGUCUCCAAAAAGUCCGCACCCAAUUUGAAGUAAACGGCAAGUAAGCUAUUCCCAACAAACCGGUCAGUGACGAGACCUGAUUUAAUUAUAUGGCAGUGGAUUUGGAGACCGUGAUUAAACGAAAGCGCUUUGAUGCAUGUUUGCAACAAGGAAGCAUAUAAGAUUGGUUUAAUGGAGAUUUUAUCAGCAGAGAAGUCUACGGAGUUCAGGACUCGUAGAGCACCUGAAAGCGAGCCGGCUUUGCACAGUUGGAGGAUUUGGGACACUUUGGCAGAUGGGUGUUUCUUGUAAUUGCUUUUCAGAGGUGUGAGAGAGCUGCAAUGGCGUUUGCAGAACAACUUCAUUAAUAGUACAUCAAUUGAUAUGUCCCGCUUUCAAGUAUAUGAUUUUGUUUCCCUCCGCCAAAAAGAAAACAAAAAGGGGGAGGGAUAUAACGGUAAUUACGAGAAGCGCAAGCGGAUUACCGGAUAGAUAAAUAAUGGAUGUUUUGGCUUUUGCAUUUCCAACGGCCAUGGCUUCUUCAUUUUUUAGCUCUGAUACAUCGAUCGUCAAAGAUCAUCUUCUGCUCUGUUCAAAAUUCCCCACAUCCACGAACCAAACAGAGCCCACGAGCCAAGUCGUUUCCCCAAAGCCCAUUUUGAGAAGGCGCACACUUCUGAUCUCCGUGCUGCCUCUCAGCCUCAUUUCAUUGCCCCAGCCAUUAAAAGCCAGAGAGAGACGCAACAGACAAACCAUCCCUCUUGAAGACUACCUCACUAGCCCUGAUGGACUGAAGUACUUCGAUGUUAUAGAAGGGGAGGGUCCGGUAGCAAAAAAAGGAUCAACAGUUAAGGUGCACUUUGACUGCUUAUACCGGGGUAUCACGGCUGUGUCGAGUCGAGAAUCUAAACUUUUAGCUGGAAAUCGCAUAAUUGCUCAGCCUUAUGAGUUCAAGGUUGGAGCUCCUCCUGGCAAGGAACGGAAACGUGAUUUUGUAGACAACCCAAAUGGUCUAUUUUCUGCACAGGCUGCACCCAAACCUCCCCCAGCAAUGUACUCAAUAACUGAAGGGAUGAAAGUAGGAGGGAAGAGGAAAGUGAUUGUUCCUCCAGAGGCUGGAUAUGGAAAAAAGGGAAUGAAUGAGAUCCCGGUAAACUCACCAGGUGCUUCAUUUGAAUUGAACGUCGAGCUCUUGGAACUAGUACCCCCAGAGGCAAAAUAGGCAACUUUAGGUAUCAGAUGUUCAAGCUAAUUGAAAUUCCCACAUCAUUCUAGUUCUUUAUCCUCUAGAAAAGGUUAGGAGUUUUUUGCCGAAUGAUUCUUUUGUUUGGGAACUACUGUUAUGCCGAUAGUCUUUAUUUCCCAUUUGUGUACAUCUCAAUCCACUGUAUCUCACACUAUUUCUCUUAUCAGAAAAGUAGACACAAGUUGUAAUCUGCCAGCCUGUGCAAGACAAGAACUUUCUUGACGUUUAUCCUUUCCAAAGAACUCUCUUUUCCCCUUUUCUUGGGUGUUAUUGUGGAACAUUGCAAUACAUGGUUCCUGACUUCUUGUAAUUGCUACAGCAUUACUUCUGUUUUAAAUUUUUUGGAGAGGUCUUGAAUUUGGAUUUGUAUUGGAUUUGGAUAAGAUGUGGUUUAAAAUUAUAUUAAAAUUUGUCCAAAUCCACUCAAAUCCAAAUCGAAAGUUCAAAAUUCAUGCUCCCAAACACUAUUUAAGAAACUUCGUAACCCCUUCCAGUAUGGGGUAAUUUUUCUAGGAUUAAAAUUGAGCAUGUGGAGUUUUCAUU